GCCAGUCGAGCGGAGUCGACCCGCGCGAGGACUCACCUCGCCGCUCCCUUACGAUAACUCGCGAUAUCAAAUUGUUGUGCCAAAGGUGACCAUCAUAAAUGACAUCACAAAGUUUAAAUAUUAUUUAGCGCAAGAACUUUCCGGUUUCAGUAGCAGAGCGUCGGCAGAGGCGGCAAGAUGCUACGUUCCCUCCUGCUGGUGGCCCUCGUGGCGGCCGCGGCCUCGCAGUCUGCUCCGGACCCUGGAUUCACACCAUCGGAAGAGGUGUCGCCGACGGUCCUAGGCGAGGUGGAAGCCCGCGACGGCGGCACUGACCUGGAGUUCCGGUACCACGACCACGAGCAGCUGACCCGCUACCUACGAGCUGUGUCGGCGCGCUACCCCGCCCUCACGGCUCUCUACUCGAUCGGCAAGUCUGUACAAGGUCGCGACCUGUGGGUGAUGGUGGUGUCAGCGUCCCCAUAUGAGCAUAUGCUGGGCAAGCCCGACGUCAAGUACGUGGCCAACAUCCAUGGCAACGAGGCCGUGGGGCGGGAACUGCUGCUACAUCUCAUCCAGCACUUGGUCACCUCGUACGACAGCGACCCCUACAUCAAAUGGCUGCUGGACAACACCAGGAUCCACCUAAUGCCAUCCAUGAACCCCGACGGUUUCGCCAUCUCGAAAGAGGGACAAUGCGAUACCAUUCACGGCAGACACAACGCCCGCCGGUACGACCUGAACCGCAACUUCCCAGACUACUUCAAGGCCAACACGAAGCAACCGCAGCCGGAGACGGAGGCGGUCAAGGAGUGGAUCUCCAAGAUCCAGUUCACGUUGUCGGGGUCGCUGCACGGCGGCGCUCUCGUCGCCUCUUACCCGUUCGACAACACGCCCAGUGCCAGACUAUGCAGAUCCUCAGUCCUAUGCUCAGUGUUCCAAAGCUACGCGCACUCGCCGUCGAUCGCCCCGGAUGACGACGUGUUCCGCCACCUGUCGCUGGUGUACUCCAACAACCAUGCCAAAAUGUCGCGAGGGGUGUCCUGCAAGUCGGGCUCGCCGCGCUUCGAACAUGGGAUCACUAACGGUGCCGCGUGGUACCCUCUUACAGGUGGAAUGCAGGACUACAACUACCUGUGGCACGGGUGCAUGGAAAUCACGCUGGAAAUCUCCUGCUGCAAGUAUCCCCCCGCGCACGAGCUGCCCAAGUAUUGGCAAGAUAACAAGGAGUCAAUGAUCAAGUACCUGGCCGAGGCGCACCGCGGCGCGCACGGGUUCGUGAUGGACGAGAACGGCAACCCGGUGGAGCGCGCCUCCGUGCGCGUCAAGGCGCGUGACGUCACCUACCACACCACGCGCUACGGCGAGUUCUGGCGCAUCCUACUGCCGGGCACCUACCGCCUCGAGGUCACUGCUGAGGGCUAUUUGCCACAAGAAGUAGAAUUUAUCGUUAUCGAUAGCCACCCAACUCUACUUAACGUCACUUUACAUUCAGCUAAGGGGUACGUGCCGAGCCUGCCCGCCAGGAAGCCGAGCCGCGGCUCCAGCCGGCGUGUUACCACUAGCACUACUACUACUACUACCACUACUCCAGCCCCGGCCGCUGCCGACGGCGCGUGGAAGUUCCCCGAAGACUAGACCACUCGCAUCGACGGCGGGCCGUACUACCGGCCGCUGGUGCCGACGCGGCCGCACGCGCCGCCGCCGCCGCCCGGCAUCUUCGCCUCGCUCUCUAACUCUUUCAACAGCUUCGUCUCUAACAUCUUUGGCUAAAC